AGAAAGUUUGGUACAUAUUAUACUAAUUAGGUACUAGGGCUAUGAUUGAAACAGCAAAACUUGGUUAUUUAAAUAAGUUAGCAUAUAAAGUUAUUUAAAUAAAAUAGACGGACAUAUAAAUGAAAAAAUCAUGAUUAAGGGUGACUUGCGGUUGGGUGGGAAAUAAAUUUGACCAGAACAAAUUAAUGACAAUAACAGCUUUUUUUUAACCGCAUUAUUGACUGUCAAUGUCAUAGAAGUAACAGAUUUAGAUAAUCUGUGAAAUAAUCAACUAAUUUGAACUAUAAGAAUUUGAAGUAUUUUGCUGUAACGACCUAGCCUUGUGGAAGGAGGACGGAUAGACUAAAUAAAACUUAAACGAAAAUUAUACGUAACCUAUACUUUUUUACCUAAAGAAGUCUUAGAAAAGGUGUUAUUGAUCUUAUCUCCUCUGAAUGUGCAUUUUUUGUAAACUAUUAUGUAAACCAAGUCUUAGAUUAUGGUAAGUAAGUAAAAAGGUACCUUAUAUUAUAUUCCUCUCCUCUAUCCUAACCUGUCGUGCCCGAUAGGGUCCAUGAUUGCCAUUAAUAGUAUCUAUAAAUUCUGAAGUGGAAAUAGAGUUUUGAGCUAAAAGAGUAUGUGCCAAAAGUGAGAUACAGAACUCGAUGCAGUUCUGAAGAAGUUCCUCCCUCAGAGAAACAAAAUUCUGACUGAUAUUAAAUCCAGAUAUUGAUAACUGACAAAACUGUAACAACCCAUUUAUGUUAAGUUCUUAGACAACUUUGUCAUUGCAAAGCUGAAAAUCUAGUGUCGUCCUAAUACUCCAAACAAUAAAAUGAAAUGAACAUUAAUGGCCAGCUAAAACGUGCGAUCUUAUAAGAUUUUAGGGGAAAUCAAAUCACUAAUAAUACCAAAGAGGUAAGGUCGACGAAAAUAAAAAAGUACAACGGGAAUAAACGCGAUAAUUCUGUGACUGUGGUGAUGGAUUAACUCAGCUAUCAGAUCGUUUUUUGACAUUUCCUACAGUAAAUUAUGUUUCAUAACGUCAGAAACCGAUAUAUUUUUAAAGAACUAACACUUAGCCCCCGAUGAUAACAUAAUAUGCGUUAUUCAUAAUGAGCAGGCCCCCUAAGAACAUUAUAACAACCAAAGCAAAUGAUACUAAGAGGAGCAUUCUCGUUGUGCCCAGUAAAGUUUGUAGCAACGCUGAAGAACCUGAACUUGAAGGUGUUGAAGAAACUGAGAUUGCAGCUCAAAUAACCGUUCCUGAAGAAGGAGGAUGGGGAUGGCUUGUAGUUGCAGCGAGCUUUUUUUGCAUCUUUGUACUAGACGGAGUUUAUUUCACGUUUGGUAGCAUAUUCCAUGAUAUGGCACAUGACCUUGCAGUGGAAGAAUCUCUAGUGGCACUCAUCAAUUCUAUAGCAGUUGCAGUAUACUUCGUAGGCGGUCCGUUCGUAUCUGCACUCAUUAACAGAUUUGGAUUCCGGGCGUGCACUAUGAGCGGUUCAAUAAUUGGCAGUAUAGCACUUUUGUGUUCAUAUUUCUGUCUCAGUUACGCUACGGUCCUUUUAUUUUAUGGAUUCAUUGGAGGAUUUGGAGCCUGUCUUGUCAGUAUGUCUUCUGGGUUAAUAGUGGGAUUUUAUUUUGAACGACUUCGGUCACUAGCUAUGUCUAUAGCAAGUGUCGGCUCCAGUGUCGGUAUCAUGAUAAUGUUCACAGUCAAUACACAGCUGGUUCGUUUGGCUGGAUGGCGUGUAACUACAUUAUUUCAUUGUGGAUUAUUUGGCUCACUGUAUUUUGUAGGCAUGGUAUUUCGACCAUUGCUUUCACUGACUGUAACAAAAACUACAGAGGAUCCGACUCGUACCGUAACUUAUUUACCAAGUCUGGCUGCGAUUAAAGCUUCUCCAUCUCGAGUCCGAAAAGAAGGAGUAAUGCCAACAGGUGCAGAACGUCUAUUCAGUGCAGUAUCUAAUGUACAUUUCCCUACUGCAGCUAAUGUUGUUAAAGAAGGAAUAGUAACUAAAACGAUGUCAAAUCAAGCGGGUCCGUCCGCCGUGCCUGUAGGCAUGUCAAGACUCACAGUAACAGCCCAAGGCCCAUCAGGUGGAAUUAGUCAGAGGCAAUUGAAUAAAGUUAAAUCCAUGAUGUCCAAAACAAGUGUACAAGAGAGAACCAAAGAACCGUUACUGAAUGUUGAAGUAAAUUUGAAGGUAGAGCCGCAACAAAAACUAUCUUGUUGGCAACGGUUAUGCCACUGGGAAGAGCAUGUACCCCAAUCGCGGCCUAUGUAUCGAGAUGAUGCAUUCUACGGAGGCAAGCUUGAAAAUUUACCAGCGUAUCAGAAAAGUGUGUUGGACACAUCACCUGAGGCUAGAACAGGUUUAGAAUACCAAAUGGCAGUAUCACGUGCCGUGACAGCAGUUGACUUAAGUGAAAAAAGAGGUGUAUUUACAACGGCUGUUAGACGAAUUCUUGCUACAAUGAUGGAUCCAAAAUUACUAAAAAAAAUAUCGUUUAUAUUAUUUUGUACUAGUGGUUUUUUCACAUACUUAGGUUAUUUAGUACCUUAUGUUUUUUUGCCCGAUCGAAAUCUGGAUGCAGGUAUUGCCCCUCAACAUUGUAGUUUGUUUGUAAGCGUCAUAGGUUUUGCUAAUGCAGUGGGUCGGUUAGUUAUAGGUGCCUUAGCUUGUAAAUACAGCCCUUUGAAACUAUAUAUGGGAGCGUGUCUGAUAGCAGGAUUCGGAAUAAUAGCAUUCAAUCUGUCUUUCAACGUUUACUAUCAAUACUUCUGCUGUAUAGUGUUCGGUUUUCACAUUGCUAGUUUAAGUAGUAUACGAAGUAUGGUCAUCGUAAAUUUGUACGGACUAGAUAUGUUAACUAAUGCGACUGGCAUGAUGUUAAUGUUUCAAGGUAUAGGAAGUCUUUUAAGUACACCUUUGUCUAGCGUACUUAAAAAUCAGUUCGGUUACGCCGUAUCUUUUUAUGUCGCUGGUGCAUUUGUACUAAUAAGUGGCUUUAUUUUGCUUCCGUUAAAGAAAAUUAACGACAGAGAGAAACAAGCAGAGGAGAAAAAAAAUGCAUCUACAGAUCCUAAACCUCCAGAACAGGUAGUACCGCCACCACCCGUCCACAACCCACCUCCAUCACCAAACGCACCACCGCAACCUUCACAAUUCCCACAACCCCUGUCACAACCACAGGCCACACCAUACUCACAAGGCUCGCAAUACACACAACAAGCUUCGCAACACACACAAACCUCACAAAUGGCACAGAAUCCAAAAAGAAAUAUGAAUCCAUCUCAAAGGGGUAAAUGACAUGGUGAUACAACUAGAUUUUUAUUGAUUACUUUUUGUGUCCAAUUUGAUGUAUUAUUUUGGGGACCUGGAGUAUUUAUAUGCGUAUUUGAAAAUAUGAUUACAUUGAUCUUAUUAAGGAUCUGAAUUGAAUUGAUGUACAGUUCCUUUUAAAUAAUUAUUUUAAUGAUACUAAAACUGCAUACCCAGAAACAUUGCAAUGAAGUCAAAGCAGAAGUGAAUAAAGGUUUUCUCGAUUCAGCUCAAUUUGAGCUUUAGACCUGUUUCGAUCUUACUGAUCCCAUUUCUACAACUUUUUGUACUACUUCAUGUAGGCAAACUACU